AUAGUGGGUUACCACUGAAGCUGAGAGCUGUGCCGGUAGACCAACGCAAGCCGAGGGCAGUGCAAGGAUUGGGCAGUCAGCAGUGGCGAUUGCUGCACUAUUUUUUGGCGGAUUAGAGGACACCCAAAGAAAAAGUAAUUCAUCGAAUGGGAGCGUAAUUUUGGUUCCAAUUAGCUAUUUCGUUGAGUCAUCGCAGUAACGUUACAAAUUUACGGAUAAUUUCUUAUUCGCAUCAUCUGGCUCAUCUAAUUGUACAUGUCAAUGUCACAGUUGGCAAGCUUUUUCUUCUGAAAGGUUUUACUUUUAAAGAGACUGAGGCAACUGAGUAAACUAAGUACAACUGCUAAUAUUAAGGAGACGACAGUCCACCAUGGAUAACGCUCACACAAAGAGUGUUGAAGAAGUCUACAGCCAUUUCUCCGUCAACGAAAGCACGGGACUUGGUUUGGACCAGGUGAAACGUCAGAAGGAAAAAUGGGGCUCGAACGAGUUACCUGCUGAAGAAGGGAAGUCUCUAUGGGAGCUCGUUGUUGAACAGUUUGAAGAUUUACUUGUACGAAUUCUACUGCUGGCAGCUUGCAUAUCUUUUGUUUUGGCCUUGUUCGAGGAUGGAGAGGAAACAAUUACAGCCUUUGUGGAGCCUUUUGUUAUCUUACUCAUUCUUAUAGCCAAUGCCAUUGUGGGUGUGUGGCAGGAACGCAAUGCUGAGGAUGCCAUUGAAGCCCUUAAAGAAUAUGAACCUGAGAUGGGCAAGGUCUACCGCCAGGACAGGAAGACCGUUCAGCGGAUCAAGGCCAAAGAAAUUGUGCCUGGAGACAUUGUGGAAGUUGCUGUUGGAGACAAGGUACCUGCUGACAUUCGUCUUACUUCUAUCAAAUCUACCACCCUGAGAGUAGACCAGUCCAUCCUGACCGGCGAGUCUGUUUCUGUGAUCAAGCACACUGACCCUGUGCCCGACCCACGGGCCGUCAACCAGGACAAGAAGAACAUGCUCUUCUCUGGCACCAACAUCUCAUCUGGCAAGGCUGUCGGUGUGGUGGUUGCCACCGGCGUGAACACCGAGAUCGGUAAGAUCCGCGACGAGAUGGCGGCCACCGAGCAGGAGAAGACCCCCCUGCAACAGAAGCUGGAUGAGUUCGGGGAGCAGCUGUCCAAGGUCAUCUCGCUCAUCUGCAUCGCCGUGUGGAUCAUCAACAUCGGCCACUUCAACGACCCCGUCCACGGAGGUUCCUGGAUCCGCGGCGCCGUCUACUACUUCAAGAUCGCCGUGGCCCUGGCCGUGGCCGCCAUCCCCGAGGGUCUGCCCGCCGUCAUCACCACCUGCCUGGCCCUGGGCACCCGCCGCAUGGCCAAGAAGAACGCCAUCGUCCGCAGCCUGCCCUCCGUGGAGACCCUGGGCUGCACCUCCGUCAUCUGCUCGGACAAGACGGGCACCCUCACCACCAACCAGAUGUCCGUCUGCCGGAUGUUUGUCAUUGACAAGGCCGAGGGCAACCGCUGCUCCCUAAACGAGUUCACCAUCACCGGCUCCACCUACGCCCCUGAGGGAGAAGUGUACCAGGAUGGCAGACUGGUCAAGUCCUCUGAGUAUGACGGUCUAGUGGAGAUCGCCACCAUCUGUGCCCUGUGCAAUGACUCCUCUCUGGACUUCAACGAGGUCAAAGGUGUUUACGAGAAGGUUGGCGAGGCCACGGAGACGGCCCUCACCUGCCUGGUGGAGAAGAUGAACGCGUUUGACACCGACGUCAAAGGCCUGACCAAGAUCGACCGGGCCAACGCCUGUAACUCUGUGAUCAAGCAGCUGAUGAAGAAGGAGUUCACCCUGGAGUUCUCCAGAGACAGGAAGUCCAUGUCUGUGUACUGCACCCCCAACAAGGCCCGCUCCUCCCUAGGGAAGAUGUUCGUUAAGGGUGCCCCUGAAGGGGUUCUGGACAGGUGUACCCAUGUGAGAGUUGGCACCAACAAGGUUGCCAUGACGCCGGGCAUCAAGGAGAGAAUCAUGUCCACGAUCCGCGAGUACGGGACUGGGCGCGACACCCUGCGGUGUCUGGCUCUGGCCACCCGGGACAACCCACCCAGGAAGGAGGACAUGAUUCUGGUGGACUGCGCUCGCUUCGUCGAUUAUGAGUCUGACCUGACCUUCGUGGGCUGCGUGGGCAUGCUGGACCCACCCAGGACCGAGGUGGCUGCCUCCAUCAAGCUGUGCCGCCUGGCUGGCAUCCGUGUCAUCAUGAUCACCGGCGACAACAAGGGCACGGCCGUGGCCAUCUGCCGCCGUAUCGGCAUCUUGAGCGAGGAAGACGACGUGGACAAAAUGGCGUUCACCGGUCGUGAGUUUGACGACCUCUCCCCUCAGGCCCAGCUGAACGCCGUGACCAACGCGCGCUGCUUUGCACGCGUCGAGCCCUCCCACAAGUCCAAGAUCGUGGAGUUCCUGCAGGGCUUCAACGAGAUCACGGCCAUGACUGGUGACGGCGUGAACGAUGCCCCCGCCCUGAAGAAGGCCGAGAUCGGCAUCGCCAUGGGCUCCGGCACGGCGGUGGCCAAGUCGGCCUCUGAGAUGGUCCUGGCCGACGACAACUUCUCCUCCAUCGUGGCGGCCGUGGAGGAGGGCCGGGCCAUCUACAACAACAUGAAGCAGUUCAUCCGCUACCUCAUCUCCUCCAACGUGGGCGAGGUCGUGUGUAUCUUCCUGACGGCUGCUCUGGGCUUCCCUGAGGCUCUGAUUCCUGUCCAGCUGCUGUGGGUCAACCUGGUGACAGACGGCCUCCCUGCCACCGCCCUGGGCUUCAACCCCCCCGACCUGGACAUCAUGAACAAGCCCCCCCGCAACGCCAAGGAGCCCCUCAUCUCUGGAUGGCUCUUCUUCAGAUACCUGGCCAUCGGAUGCUACGUGGGGGCUGCCACGGUCGGCGCCGCUACCUGGUGGUUUGUGGCUGCUGAAGACGGCCCCAUGAUCUCUCUGUACCAGCUGAGCCACUUCCUGCAGUGUUCCCCUGACAACCCUGACUUUGCCGACCUGGAGUGUCAUGUGUUUGAGUCCCCCUACCCCAUGACCAUGGCCCUGUCUGUGCUGGUCACCAUUGAGAUGUGCAACGCUCUUAACAGCCUGUCAGAGAACCAGUCUCUACUGCGUAUGCCUCCCUGGGAAAACAUCUGGCUGCUCGGGGCCAUCUGCCUCUCCAUGUCUCUCCACUUCCUCAUCCUCUACGUGGAGCCACUGCCUGUCAUCUUCCAGAUCACCCCCCUGGACCUGACCCAGUGGCUGGUGGUGCUGAAGAUAUCCCUGCCGGUCAUCCUGCUGGAUGAGCUACUAAAGUUUGUGGCCAGGAACUACCUGGAACCCGGUAACCAACCAGAGUCUAAGUCCUCUGGCCAAGGCUGGUCCCUCUCUGCAUGCAUGGAGGGCGUCUCUUGGCUGUUUGUGGGCAUCGCCCUCCCCCUGGUGCUGUGGCUGUACAGCAUCGACACUAAUGUGUCUGCCCUGUUCUGGUCCUGACUGACUCUAGCACACAAGCCUGCCAGUGCACUAGUGUGAGUGGAGAUUAACACGUGUCUAACAAAGUCCCCCAUUAACCAGGCUCCACUACAACAACACCACCAUCCACCCCAACUGCAGUGAGAGCUCAAGGUGACAUUUCUACCCCCGUCAUCGACAGAUAAUGUCAUCUGUAAGCCUUCGGCUGGUUUGUCUCCAAGCCACUUUCACCAUUCCUGUUUUUUAUUCUGUUUUUUUAAGCUGUUAGAAAUAUGUAAUAUCUAAAGGUUUGUCAUUUGUCUGUCUUAAUUGAAUAUUCUUUUUUUUGUUUUUUCUCCCCUUUAUUUGAAAAGGCAUAAAAUCACUUACAGUAUGUAGAUGUCUGUGUACAGAGAAUUAACACUAUUUUAUCAAAAUCUUUUUUUGUAGCUUUGGGAAAGGGUGUGGGGGGAGGGCAGCUAGGAGUUUAGAAGGGGCAUGCACAGAACUCAAAUGUUUGACUCGUGUUUUUAGUGGGAACGUUUACCUGUAAACACCAUGUAGAUAAGUAUGGCAUUCCAUAACUGUAAGGACCAUCAUUUGCACUGAAGAGGUCUGUAGAAAAAUGUGCAUGUAUUUUGCUCCAGCAUGCAUAACGGGGGAGGGGUUUCUACAUCAAUUAAUACUUUUUCUCUUUCUGUUCUCCUCCGUUUGCCUUGUGGUUCUUUCCUGUACUAGGUAUAGCACAGCCACUGUAUGCUAUUGAUAUGAAUAUUGAAACCUGUCUGUUAGGGUUAGAUCUGCCUAGGAUUCCCAUUCGCUAUUUCCAAAGGCAGCAGCUAAUCUUUGAUUUCCACCCAAAACCUCAGACCUGACAUGGUGUGAAACCUUAACAACCAAUCAGGCUUUUUAUAAGCAGUGUCAUGUUGAGGGGGGGCACCGUUUCAAUUAGAAAAUAAUAUACAGUGAAGCCUAGUAGCCCUUAUCUGCCUUUCAUGUUAUUUUAAACGAUUUUUGUUAUCUUGAAGAUCAUAAAGUCAUAAAUGUUACCUUAAUUUGACCGAAAGCAAUGUUUUGAUAUAGACAAGCCUGUCGUUACACACGUUUACUUGAAUAUAACACAUUAUUUUGUUGUUCACAUGAAGAUUCACUUUUUUAGGUUUAAGUCUUAAUAUAUGGGCACUGUAGAGUCUUUAUUACAACCAUGAUUAUAUAGAUUAUGUACAUUGUGCACAUACUGUACUUGAAUAUGUAUAAAUGCAACAAUUGGCUGAUUCAUUGAUCAGUUGAGCACAAGAUGGAUGUUUGGGGGUUAUUAGGUCAUCGUGCAGAUGCUGUCAGAUAAGAUGGACACCCUUGAACUUUCUUACAGAUUCAGGAUUUCUUGUAAAUUAAGAUUUUAAGGAAAAACUGGUCACCAUAACUCAUUGCGUAUUCAACAUUGUAGAAACAUCAUUUUUGUUAACUUAUGUUUGCAAUUUUUAUUUAGAAAAUGAAGCUCAUGUUGUGGACCACAUUUGUAGACACCCAAUAGCUAGUAUUUCAUUGCACAGUCUGGUUAAAGUAACUGCUGGCAAAUGCUUUAUGUAGCCUUCAACUUGCUGCCAGUUUUGGUGGUGGCCCACUCCUUUGGAAGCACCCUCUUUGGGGUCACUGUUCUGCUUGAAGAUUCACCACCUUCAAUGAAAAACCCAGUGUUUGGACACUUGAUAACAUGCUAAUUCCACAAUGCUUGCACACAUUAAAAUGCCACAGAUCCACUCAAUGAAACCUCAAAGCAUCAUCACAUCCCCAUUACUUUAUUAUGAUGGGUUUCUUUUAUUUAUUUUUUGAAUGCUUCAUUUGGUUGCCAGUAAACCUAUUUCCAAAGAAUUUUUGUUUAAUUGGUCCACGGAUAAAAAAAAGAAUUGCGGCAUUUUACCUUGAUUGAUUGGGUAUCCCAUCGGCGGUAUGGUCUUCCUGUGAUAGCUACUGACCAAAUUAAUUGUUUGAAAAGAAGAACCAUGCUUACCAUCAAUUAUGGUAGAGGUUUGAUAAUGCUGGGGCAUUGUUGUGCUGCCUCUGGUACUGGUGACCUUGAAUGUGUGCAAGACAUAAAAAAAUUGCAAUUUAAGAAGUUGUCUGAUUGCAAUGUUGAUUGGUUCAAAAAGAAAACCUGGAUGGUUCUGAAGUGGCUAGCGACAAAUCAAGGUCUUAUACAAUGUAUGAGUGCCAAAAACUGGUUUUAUGGCACCCCUCAAGCAUUAAAGAAUUUGAGCAGAUUGCUCAUGAACUGGCCCACAUUGUUAAAAGAAAAUUGCAACAAGCUUAUAGAUGGUUAUGAGAAGCAUUUGAUAAUGAUUUUGGCCAACCGAGUACUAGUUCCAGGAUGUCUAAUUAAUUUAAUGUCAUUGUCUUAAGUUUACGCAAUUAAUUUACAAAAAUACAUUUCUGUAAUUUUGAAGAUCAGGGUGUCCAAAUGUAUAAUUAAUAAUUUCGACUGAAAAAAGGGGAACAUUAAAAGGUACAAGGGUGUUUGUUUGUCAACAGCUGUGUGUAUACAAUCAAAGCUUACAUGAUUAGCUGGUGGAAGAAUGUAUAUCUGUACAUAGGACACAAGUAACAAUGUGUAUAGAGUUUUACGUUUUAAAGAUGCUACAUACCUUUACACUAGUUUACUAGAGUGUGUUUUAGACACUGUAGGUAGGUAUUCCUGGAAAGCAUGCCUUCUCCAAUACCAGGCCAGUAAGCGCUUUGUUGUCCUUAACCUAACGGCUAUUUCUUCCAAUGCCUUCCGCCUUGUUAACCCAACAGAGUGAGUAGGCUCUGCCCGCAUGCUGCUUUCCCACUCGUGUCCCCCACCCUGGGUCUGUUCAUACCAAGCCUCGCUGUCUGAGUGACUUGUAUUGCUCAAACUCCUGAAUAUGUUAAAGGUUCUGUUGCUUUAAUAGGAUGGCAGAAAAUAUUUAACCUAUGAGACAAGUAACAGGUUAAGUCUUUGGUUGCAGAUAAGUGGUUAGUGUGUGGUAACCUAAGUGGUUAGUGUGUAAGGCCAGUAACAGAAAAGUUGCUAGUUCAAAUCCCUGAUCUGAAACUGUUGUGCCCUUCUGCAAGGUGUGCCCCCCUCCCCACUAGUUGCAUGGAAGUCUUGUUGUAUUUUUAAAAUGUAAAUGACAGAUCCUACAAAUACUACCAUUCCAUGAGUGAAAUUACUAUUGGUCUUUGGACUGUUAGUUAUCGUCAGGAGCUGGUAAUUUGAAACAUUAGAAAGGGGAUUUAUUUCAAAAUGCCUUUGUCGCUAUGUGCCAGCCAAAGCUCACAUGCUAUGAGAUGUUGGCCUUUGGAAAUUCAGUAGAAGACUUUGUGUCUGUCUCAAAUCCACCUGUAUUGUUAGUUUUUGGGGGAUUGAUGACUAAAGGCUAAUUAUGGGUAGCAGGUCUUUGGCUAUGACAUGCUUUUGCAGAGCAGAGUUUUUCCCUUAAAAAUGACUUGCAUUAAUUGCCAUCUGUCUGCUUGCAUGUAGGAAGGUCAUAGAUAUCACGUCUAAGUAGAAAAUCAGUAGAAAUCAUGAAUAAGUAGAAUGGCCUUUUUUCUUCAUGUCAUCUCUUAUGCCCAAUGAGAGAGCAAUGACUCAGUGCUUUUUCCUUUUUGAACAAUGCCAGGGCUGGCCAACCCAGUUCCUGGGGAGCUCCUUUACUGCAGAUUCUCUCCGAACCUCAUUUAGCACACCUGACUGUAAUAAUUAGCUGGAUGUAAAGCUAAAUCAAGUGGAGUUGAGAACCUACAGGACAGUAGAUUUCCAGGAACAGGGCUGGGCAACCUUGACCUAAGCUACGUCUGUCUGUCCUCUGAUUUGGUUUCUUCUUCUCUUUCUUUCUGCAGCUAGUGCCGUGUAAGCCUGCCCCUCCUAGAAAUCCCUUGCAAGAAGGGCAAGGUUUUGUUUUAGUGUCAUGCAUGUGUGUUUUGAGCAGCAGCACAUCUUCCAAGACCUGGAUGUCAAUAUAGAAGAUAUCAAGACAUGACAUACAUUUCAUAAGCAAUUAAAUUUAAAGUAGUAAUGACUAGGUAUAUUUUUUAAAUAAUAAAAAAAAAAGUUUUUGGAAUCAAGUGAAGCAAUCCCACAUCCAUCAGAUCUUACUGCAUGAAGAGUCAUGGGUUGGGUUCCCCUGCUCAAACAUCAACCAAAUGAUAUACCCUGAGCUGGUUGGCUGACACAGAAGACCUAUCCAGGCAUUGUAAGAUCUGGCAUGAGCCAGCCAGGUCUCAACAGGAGGAAACUACCAUAUGCUGCUUUUACAGACCAACUCUGGUCUCUUGCCUGAUCACUGAUCAGAUAUUAGGCUGCCUGUGUAAAAGCAUCCAUAGAGCACCCUUCAGACUAAGACAGAGUUCUCAUGCCAUCUUAAUAAACAUAGAUGUUAUAGUUUUAUAUAAAUGUGAACUAUUCCAUGAUGCAUGUCCUCUGAAGCAGUCCAUCAUUUUCAGAUGUGUAAUAGUUACUGUAUAUUGUUGAUACAUUAAAUAGAAAUGAACAAUAGUACAAAUGUUAAAUAAGCUCAAAUGCCGAUCAUCUUUUCCUAAGGAAAUCUUGUUUUUGGAUGGGCUGUUUAAAAUUACCAAACAGACUUUGCACUGUAACGUGCAACAUGUUUGAAGCAGACUUUGCAGAUAUCAGGUUUGGCAGCGGCGCGGCGAUACAGUGAUGAAUACAUUACCCUGAAAGAAGCAGUCAGUCAAUGGCAAAUGUGUAUGCCAAAUCUGCUGUCAUUUCAGAGUUGACCAUUGCAUUAUGUAUCACAUAACCUGUGGUUUCUGGUAAAUAAAACAAUUAAACA